UUGCUGCGGGAAAAACGAAGUUUGCAAAGGAAGUGGCUGAGGAGUUGGACAUGCUUUUUGUCCCAGGUGCCAACAUGGACAUGGUUUACAUCAACUCCUAUGGCUAUGACAUGCGCCAGCUUGACUCUGAGCUGCCAGAUUCUGCCAAGAGUUUUGAUGAAAAGAAUUUCCUUCAAAAUCCAACCCACCGCAAUGUUGCAUCUUUCCAGUUUGAAAUGUUCCAACUCAGGCUGGCACAGUACAUUGAUGCCCUUGCUCAUGUGUUGAGCACAGGCCAGGGAGUCGUGAUGGAGCGCAGUGUGUACAGUGACAUGGUCUUUGUGGAGACAAUGGCAAAGUUUGGAUACAUGAGCAAAGCAGCAAGGAACCUGUAUUAUGAGUGUAAGAAGGUGACGGUGCCUGAGCUGAUGCGGCCACACCUGGUCAUCUACCUAGACAUGCCUGUAUCGACUGUCCAGCAGCGAAUCAAGGCCCGGAAUCUCCCUCAUGAGGUCAACUCCCCUGCCUUGACCCCAGAGUUCUUGGCACAUAUGGAGAUGGUUUACAAGCAGCAUUACCUUAGGGAGAUGAGUAACCAUGCUGAGGUCCUGAUCUAUGACUGGUCAGAGGAAGGAGACACUGAGGUAGUAGUUGAAGACAUUGAGCGCAUUGCCUUUGACUUCGACAAAAACGACCCCAAGCUGGCGGACUGGAAGCAACCAGAUGAGUGGGAGUGGUGCCAGAAGCGCAUGCAGUACACCAAAGGGAAGAAUAAGAUCCUCAACUGGAUGAAUGUGCCAGACUUCAGUGUGCCAGAACUGGUCCUGAAUGCCGACGAAUUCAAGAAAUUCCAGGAUGCCUGGUGGAAUGCUCCAGGUAUGAAGUUUGCAGAAGGUUUCAACGCAGAGAUGGGAGACCAAUUCCUUAAUACAAAGACAAAAAUUGGCGCCUAAAUGCCUGCUUUUGUUGCCUCGUGAAUUUAUAGAGAAUAUUUAGUACCAGCAGGCUCGUAUUUGAGAAUGAGAAGGAAGCACUUGGCCAAGGAUUUUUCAGAAAUGCUAGCCUGUAAAGAUUUUUUUUUUUUUUAUUGUAAACAAUUUUCAUGUUGCAAAUUGUAUAAUACUGUACAGUUGGGAAGAUAAUACAAUAAGUUAUUUCCACAAA